AUGUCUUCGAGUCAAUCAGCCCUAGCUGCGAGCCUAAUCCACCAAAUAGCUUGCAACAAUGUAGCCUGCCCAAACCUCAUGGAAAAUGAAGCGCUACGAAAGAAAACUCUGAGUCUGGCAAAGGAAUUAGUUCUUUCACUGGAGAGGCCGCAAGCUGUUCCUCUAAACUCUAUUCUGCCUGUCCAAAGCACCGUCGCGAGAAUUUCCCUCGACUUGGAAUUAUUCGACCACUUGGCAAGUGGUGAAGCCAAGGUGGAUACGAUUGAAGACCUGUCGAGAAAGACAAAUUGCAAUCCUAUUCUUAUGGCUCGCCUUCUCCGAGUCCUGCACUGUAUGGGCUGGGUUGAGCAAGUCGAUGCAGUCUCUUUCAAGUCCACUCCAAUUAGUGAGGCAAUUCGGUCCAGGAAACCUAUUAAAGCAGGGAUCAAGCAUUACUUUGACGUCGCUUUGCCUAUUUUCAGCAAACUACCUGAGUAUUUCCGCAGCGUCGGGUAUGUGUCUCCUGAAAAUGAGCACGACGGACCGUUCCAAUAUGCGUUCAACGUUCAGGACGGUCAAACUGCAUUUGACUGGUGGUCCAAAGAUUCUGUCUUGUCGGAGAAUUUCAAUACCUUCAUGACUGGUACAGGAAAUGCCAGAUCGCACUGGGUGAAUUGGCUCCCUGUACAAGAGCUUCUCGGCGACAAACAGCAAGAGUCCGAUACUAGCAUCUUGAUGGUUGAUAUUGGCGGUGGGAAAGGCCAUGACAUGGUAACCUUUCUCAAAAAAUUCCCAGACGCUAAAGGACGAUUUAUUCUGGAAGAUUUACCAAACGUCAUUGACGACUACAACCCGAAGGAGGGCCACGAAAGGAUUGAGUGUAUCAAAUGCGAUAUGCGACUUGCUCAACCCGUCAAAGGUGCAAAAUUUUACCACAUUCACAAUGUCCUCCAUAACUGGCCGGACGACGUCAUCACCGAUCUUAUCUCCAAGAUUGCCCAGGCCAUGACUCCGCUGUAUUCCCGUUUACUGGUAGUAGAACACUUUCUACCAGAAGUUGACUGCUCGAUGCGAAAGGCUGAAAUGGAUUGGUGCAUGAUGGCUAUUCACUGUGGGUCGCAACGAACCGUGAGCCACUUUGAGGCAAUCUGUGGAAAGGCUGGCUUGAAGGUAGCGAAGUAUUGGGGUCCCCCGGGAGAUGGAGAGGGGGUUCUUGAGAUUUUUCGCGACGUGAUCGCAGAUGACGGUUUCACAAAUGGUCAUCAAGCGCUCCCAUAA